AUGACCACAUCAGAUAAACUUACGGCCAACAUCGUCCUCAUCAUCGGAUCCAAUGUCAUUGGCCUCAUUAUCUUUAGUGUAUCAGAUCAGAAACAACGUCUUGCCUUCUUAGAUACACGAAUGUCUAUGGAAGCUAAAGUUAAAAUGGAAGCACAGUCAAAACAGCAGGAGCGUCUUUUAACAUCUGUAUUACCGCGUUACAUCGCUAUGGAAAUACAAGGGAAUAUGAAUUCAUCUUCAAAAGUUGGUAUGACAGAGAAACAGUUUAGCCACUUUUAUAUUCAACGCUACGAAAAUAUAAGUAUACUAUUUGCUGAUAUUGUUGGCUUUACGAAAUUGUCCUCAACUUUCACCGCUCAACAAUUAGUACAGACACUCAAUGAAUUAUUCGGUAGUUUUGAUGAAAAAGCUGAGGAAAAUCACUGCCUGCGGAUUAAAAUUUUGGGCGAUUGUUAUUACUGCAUUUGUGGCGUACCCGAUCCACGACCAGAUCAUGCACAACUAACAGUUGAAAUGGGAGUAGCUAUGAUUCGUGUUAUAGCAGAUGUAAGAAAGAAAACUGGUGUAUCAUCGUUAGAUAUGAGAGUUGGAAUUCAUUCUGGUGCCGGAUUAUGCGGUGUUAUGGGUAGAAGAAAGUGGCAAUUCGACGUCUGGUCUUCUGAUGUAACAUUAGCUAAUAAUAUGGAAGCUGGGGGUAUUCCAGGGCGUAUUCACAUAACGGAUACUACUUACAAACAUUUAAAAGAUGAUUACGAAGUUGAGGAUGGCAAUGGAGGUAGUAGAAGUGAAUAUCUCCGCCAAAGGAAUAUUCAUACCUAUUUAAUUAAGAGAAGAAAGCAUACAAGAAAUAAGCAAUGUAAUACAGAAAAUUUAAAGUUAGAUGGAAGUUCCAGUAAAAGUGGCAAUGGCUCUAACGCUCACCAUACAGAAGAGAUAGAUUAUGAAGACAAGCUAACUAAGAUGUUGGAUGAAGACUUACAGAAUCGAGAUCUGGAUAAUGGAGAAAUUUCGAAUCCGUUAACAUUACGAUUUAAAGUCACAGAAACCGAAAGGAACUAUAACUGUGAAAAAGAAAAUAUGGGUUUCACUUUAUUAAUUGCUUGUUAUAUCGUACAAGUAACCUGUUUUAUUGUUAGCGCUAUUAUCCUACCAAUAACGCUAACAAGAACAAUUCUUUUUGCUAUUGGCUCUGCAAUAAACAUAUUUUUGGUUAUAGUUACUGCCGCGUCAAAUUAUCGAAAGAAAUUUUAUCGAUGGUUGGUUAACUUAUCGGUAUAUAUUGAAAAUCGUAAAAUCCUAUCGGCACUCCUUGCUGCUUUACCAGCAGUUAUUAUAUUUAUAGCCGAACUGACAGAAAUCAUUCAAUGUAAUACGGUAGCUGUCGAAUUUAACAACGCCAAUAACUGCUAUUUUAACAAUAGCCAAUUUUACACACAAAAUCAUAUUUGCAAGCAUCCUGUUUAUACGAUGUACAACAUGAUUAUGCUGUUGAUGGUGGUUUCAGCGCUAAUUCAACUAAGCUAUGAAUUUAAACUAGUCCUUUUGACGCUCAUUACUGCCGCUUCAAUUAUUGUUGUUAUGAUACCCGUUCAGAACGCUUUUACAUGCUACGACACUAUCGUUUAUAAUUCUAGUUAUGGGUUAUAUGCUGAUUAUAUACAAAUCAAUUAUUUAUCAACAUUUAAUAUUGGAGUUGCCUUGAUCGUUUUAGUAUGUAGUACAAGACAGAUGGAAAUUACAGCUCGAAUAUUGUUUCUAUGGAAAAAAGAGGCCAUAGAAAAGAAAGAUGGAGUCGAAGAAUUACAGCGUCGUAACGAGCUAUUGGUUCAAAAUAUUUUGCCACUUCAUGUAGCUAAACAUUUCUUAACCCGUCAAGGAGAGAUUUAUAAUGAAUCCCAUAACGAAAUCGGCGUUAUGUUUGCGUCCAUACCUAAUUUUCAAGAUUUCUAUUCUGAAGAUGAAAUUAACGUACAAGGAAAGGAAUGUCUCCGUUUCUUAAAUGAAGUGAUUAUCGAUUUUGAUAACGAAAAUGUAGACAAGUGGCAACAUCUUGUUGAUUUGGCCGAUUUUGCGCUUGAUUUGAUUAAAAAAUUAAAAGAAAUAAACGAAAAUUCUUUCAAUAGCUUUCACUUAAGAAUUGGAAUAUCAUCUGGCCCUAUAGUAGCUGGUGUUAUUGGUGUAAAUAAGCCACAUUAUGAUAUAUGGGGAAAUACUGUUAAUGUUGCUAGUAGGAUGGACACAACUGGAAAACCUGGCUCUGUUCAAGUUUUUCAAGAAACUCAAGAAAUUUUAGCUACUAGAGGAUUUAAAUUUACUUGCAGAGGAUUGAUACCUGUCAAAGGCAAAGGAAAGUUAUUAACUUACUAUUUGCUUGGAAGGGAAGCGACUGGUGCAAAUCAUUUACCGAAUAUGCUCCAUUAG